AUGUCAGAGGAACCGGCUGGCAAAAAAGCCAGGUUGGACUGGGGCCUCAGUGAUCCCACGGAACCCUUGACCCGAAAGGACGUGAUCGCGUUCCAGAAAGAAGCGCUUUUUAGAGCUCUUAACAAGCAUCGUACGCGUGCAGCUAGUCUCGAAACGCAGCUCGGGAAGGACCAUGAAAAUCUGGCUCAGCUUCGGGACCAGUACGCUCGCGUUUGCGCGACUUUGGCCGUUCUGGCCGCGAAAUUAAGUGAUCUCUGUAAGGACGAUUCCGAAGCCCAAAAAGUGUGUGACAGUAUUGUACAGGGUGCUGAAACGAACGUCUCCAAGGUCGCUGACCAGCUGGCUGUGCUGUUCGACAAGUAUGCGGGCCAUGCGACCGAGGACUCAAAUUUGACGUCUCAUUUCCAUGCGCUCGAAAAGUCAAAAGUAGCGCUUUCAACGCAUAAUCAGCAACUUCAACAGGAAUUAGAAGCCGUCAGAGACCACUACCAGACAUUGAUACGGCUUUAUGAUCGAGAGGAUAGCGAAACUGUGAAAAGAGUACAGAAAAUCAAAGAGAGUCGCAGCGAGUCAGACGAAGCGAAAGCCCUAUCGGAAGCAACAGAAGCGGCAGUGAACUCUGCAAAUGCAACACAGGACAACGUUAAGACAGGUGCAAGCGGGAAUACGCACGACGAAAAGGUCGAUUUCAUUUCACACACGGAGCAUGACCUUCAAGUUCAGGAGCUAAGCAACCAGGUAGAAGCUCUAAGGAAUACCAUCAACGAUCUAGAGAGUUGGAAAACGAAACGAGAAGACGAAAUUAUGAAGUUGCGGACUGAGCUAGCCAACUCCACGGGAAACAAUCAAGAACAGUAUCCAGACGGACAGCUCGAUCGAGAUUAUCUGAUGCGCCGCCUAGAGACUCUCACAGAAGAGAACACUUCCCUGACACAUGCUAACGAAUCGUUUUUGACCAAGUUCCAGAAACUGGUUCAAGACAAAGAGGUGUUCACAAAUAAAUUGACAUCGGAGUUCCAAACUGCCCAGGAUGCACUAAAGAAGCAUAACGCCAUGCUGGAAAAAGACCUUGUAAGAAUAAGAAACACCAGAGACGAAAUGACAGGCAAGAUGGCCAUUUUGGAAAGUCAAAGGCUCAAGUCUGAGCUACUUGACGAUUUGCAAACUGCGAUGAACCUGCAAAAGGACAGAAUAGACAAGAUGGAAAGUAAAGAAGUUGAAAUCUCCAAAGACGCGCUAACGAAAGAACUCCAAGAUCUGGAAUGUGCAUACAAGGAGCUCUCGAGACUAGCACACAAGAAGUAUACUGACCAAUUGGCUCAGGAGUCCCUCUUGACUAAGCUUAACAUUGAGAAAACCAAGGCGGACCAAAAAUAUUUCGCGGCAAUGAGGUCCAAGGACUCCAUUCUCAUCGAGAAUAAAAACCUCACUAAAAAUCUCGCAAAGUCCAAUGAACUAAUAACCCAGCUCAAAGAAAUAGAGCGCACCUUGCAAGAAAAGAUUGAAAGUCUGAUCAAACAGAUACACCUCCAUGAAAGCAAUGAGAAGCGCUUGGUCGACGCGAACAAAAACACGUCAUCAAAGCUCAUGGACGUAACUUCUGCAUUGAGCAAAUCGAAGAAAACCAUAGAGUCAUUAAGCCAUGAAAGGGUCGGCUCUGUCGAGAAAAUCAGUGACCUCGAGCUUCAAGUUCAUUCAGCGCAAACAGAGGUCAAUGCCCUGAAACUCAAGCUAUCGCAUGCAGAGUCGAAAGCUGCCAAAUUGCAUGAAGCCCUUACAUCAAGUACUGCUGGAGAUACUUCCGUUAUUGCAGAGGAGCUGGAAAAUUUCAGGACUAUCGUGUACUGUUCGUUGUGCUCGAAGAACUGGAAGAACACUGCCAUCAAAACGUGUGGCCACGUCUUUUGCGACCAGUGCUGUAAGGAAAGGCUGGCUGCUAGAAUGCGGAAAUGUCCAAUUUGCCGUAUGCAGUUUGGCUCUCACGAUCUUUUGGACCUCCAUAUGUGA